AUGCCAUGUUGGACUUUCAUCAGAGUUAGGAUAAACGUAAUUGUUAUAUUUAUGUGACCUCUAUCGUGAUUAUUAAGCUUACAUUCAUUAUAUUUUUGUUCAAACAGAGUACAUUAUCAGCUGUUAUUUUUCCAUUUGUUCCAUUAGUUUUGUCGCUUUUAUGCGUAUAUUAUAUUCGCAUAUUGUUGAGCAGGAAUGUUUGUUUGGUACCAAACGAAGUGGUGUCAAAUGAAAGUGAUGAUGUAUUGGACAAUGUAGCGCCAUGUAUAGAACCAAAGUGUGACGAAUCAGCGUUGUGUAUACAACAAAAUGAUGUUGCAAAAGAAAUAAAAUAUGCAAAG